CCGAGAGCCAGUAGUGCCGGUGCAUCUCGCGGGCCACCUCUUAUAUCAUCGAGUGACGCUGUGGCCAGGAAUUGAUCAGUCUCGUCUCCGGCCCGGGCGCUGCGGUGUCAAGUUUUCAGUUACCGCCAAUAAUACAUUGUACAGUCCAGGCGCUCUGUUCUGUUCGAGAAUUCUCCUUCCAGCUCACCGAUGACCCGGCUCCCUCUCUCCCUUGCGCUGGAUCCGGAUGCAAAAAGCCUGCGGCCGUCAUCAGUCAACUUUUUGACCAGUUCUUGUGUUCUGUCAUCUCUUCUCAUCUCAGUUCAAAUCUCAUCGCAUCUCCUCGCUCGACCACGGAACUACAACACCCAGACGCUACUACAGUAGUAGACUGCGCAAGCACCAAUUGUCAUGUGCAUUUAUUAUACCCUGGCCCACGCCACGUCGUGAGCCGAACUAUCACUCAACUCUCCGGACCAUCGACUAAUUAGUGACAGCCGGAACUGCCACUUUAGUCAAGCACGGCGAACGAGCGCAAUUCCGCAACCGUCAUUCUGCCCGAAGUGACCAUUGAAAUACCUGGAGCACUCCAACGCCCAUAAUCAUCCGCCGUUGCGAAACUGGCGCUCUCACGAGAAAACGCGAAAAGAUUCUUCAGACUGAACCUCCCUUCUGUUCCUGCCCAGACCGUUCCUCUCUAUCCUGUCCCAACUGGCCGGACCGAUAGCAGGGAUUUGGCGGAAGCCAGGGAAAUGGUGUUCGCCGACGUUGGUCGACGUUCGCCGGAUCGACGGGGCAGGAGUUCGAGUAUUGUCGGUGGCCCGAUCAGCGGUGCGCUACAUCGGCCGCGACUUGAUAGCAAUGGUCGACAUUCUUCCCGCCAAUCCGCCAAUGCCGAACCUGCUGUCAACACGACGCAUAUAGCAGACGAAAAGCCUGUUGCCUCUGGCAAUGGUGUGUCGGUCUACAUAUCCCUGGCGGAACCCGUCCUGUUCCUGCAGGGCUUCGAUCCCAAUGAUCCGUCUACGCACAGCACAACAAUGCUCAGAGGGAGUCUGCUGUUACGGGUCCAGAAGCAAGCGAAGCUAAAGUCGAUAUCUCUGAACUUUCGAGGCAAAUCAGAAACAGAGUGGCCGGAGGGCAUUCCACCUAAGCGCGUCGAGUUCAAGGAUACCACCACCAUCAUGAAUCAUACUUGGUCAUUUUUUAAUGCGCAAAUUCCUUCCGCCGAGUACAGCUAUGGUGCGGAUAUCGUCCAGCUACACAAAGGCCAUUCUGCGGAGUCAAAAGAUAUCGGUGUGACGGUGUCUUCUUUUGAUUUGUUCCAGCGCAGCGCUUCACCCGCCAAGGCUACAAGCUCCCGGGAAAUCAAGAGGUUGUCCCUGCAGGCGAACCACUCCCGGAGUUUCGGAAAAGGUGAUACCAUCAAUGGAGGACCCACCGUUGCUCAAAAGGGGUUCAAAGUGUUCCAUCCUGGUGACUAUAUCUAUAAUUUUGAGUUGCCACUCGAUUCAAGGCUGCCAGAGACCAUCAAUGUUGACCUCGGCCACGUCAAGUACGAACUAGAGGCCCUAGUCGAACGAUCGGGCGCAUUCCGCGCCAACUUGGUGGGCAACAAAGAACUUACUUUGAUUAGGGCCCCUGCAGAAGGCUCUCUAGAGCAGGUGGAACCAAUCGCCAUAUCCAGGAACUGGGAGGAUCAGUUGCACUACGACAUUGUUAUCUCGGGGAAAUCUUUCCCUUUGGGCUCUACUGUCCCGAUUGCUUUCAAGUUGACCCCACUGGCAAAAGUGCAAUGUCACCGGAUCAAAGUUUUCGUCACGGAGAACAUCCAGUAUUUUACCAAUAACAAAAAAGUCCACAGGCUGGAGCCGACGAGGAAAGUCCAGUUAUUUGAAAAGCGCGCUGAUGGCCACAGCGUAUCCUCCUAUCCAGGCAGUUCUAUGCGUAUCUUGGCUGGGGGUGGGGUCCCGUACGAUUACCGGCAAGCUGCCGCGGCGGGUGAGGAAGACAUUCCAAGGGAUCAGACCAAUUUGUUGGGCAAUCUGGACAACGAUGCUGGAAGCAUUGGACCCACCGAGAUGGAAUUCAACGUCCAGCUGCCGAGUUGUCACCAGAUGAAGGAGAAGUUGAGGAGUGAACGGCUUCAUUUCGAUACAACGUACUCCAACAUCCAGGUGAAUCACUGGAUCAAGAUUGUGAUGCGCUUAUCUCGACCGGACGAGAACGACUCAACCAAGCGUCGGCAUUUUGAAAUUUCUAUCGAUUCACCCUUCAACAUUCUCUCCUGUCGUGCCACUCAGGCCAACAUCUCAUUACCAGCCUACGACGCUGGUGGCGCUCCGCCUGCUCCGCUGGACGAGUACGAAUGUGGCUGCCCAGGAGCAGCAUUGAAAAGACGAAAUACCCCUCCUGUGUUGCCCCGGAUACCCGCCUUGAACGGGCCUGGGCAAAACACUGGUGUCCAACGAAGUUGGACCAAUGAUUCGGGCGGGUUAACAUUACCUACUCAAGCUCAUGUCCAUAACGAAGCCAAUAUCUCCCAACCAAGACCCAUGCAUCUGCUCCGGAGUCCGUCCUUCAAUCCCCCAGCUUUUGACGAGGACGAACCUCCGCCACCUCUCGUCACGCCACCUCCGUUAUACGAUAAUGUCGUGGCCGGAGAUUCAACGAGCGCACUAGCCGAUUACUUUGCCCGUCUCGCAGAUGAAACCUCGGACGAAGAUGAUCGCUUGGAUCGGUCACGGAUGGAUUAUCCCCUUACCCCGGGCGGCCGAGUCAACAGGAGUAUGGAUAUCACGCGAACAUGGCAACCCAUCGGUGAAACAUCCAAUGGGGUACCUCACAACCCCUCAGGACUUGCAACCUCGACAUCAGUUGCUCCAUAGUAGCUGGGACGAGCAGUAUAAUGUAUGUGUUACUUUGUAUCACGGAGUGUCAGGGUCAUGAAUGAUGAGCUUCACGACAUGGUACGGGAUUUUGCUGCAAAAUACGGUGGCAGGUGGCAUCUUGAUUGAGACAUUUCGGAAUCUGAGCUGGCGCAUGACAUUGCAGGGGAGACUAAGACCCCAGACUUUGGACGGAUAGGAGCAAAUGUCAUCUCUUCAUAGCGAGCGAUAUUCCAUGCUAUAACACGUAGGUCGACUUCGAUGAAACAUUCCCCAGCCUUGAAACCGAGGCGGGACUCUUCUUGCCAGACAAAGUGCGAUAGAUCCACCAACAAGUACGGGAUGCACUGCCAGAUGCCGAUGACAGUCAGGGUCAUCUUUACCCAGUGCUUGGGUACGCUGCUGUCCACAUAUGGUUGUAGUAAUAAUGGUAGAAACUGCUCGCCGCUCACCCCGAAUCGGAGCGGUGGAGCGCCG